AUGGAACACCACCACCAGCUGAAUCACCAAAUGAUGGCCACCUCGAACUCUUCGCCCUCUCCUGCCUCUGUCAUUGAAUCGCGAGAAUCCGCCAUCAUCAGCAGCAUCGGUUCCCACUCUGCCAUCGAUAGCAACAACAACAGCAGCCACCAUCACAACAACAACGGCGCCAGCGGCGGCCGCAGCAGCAAUCACUCGAAUCAGAGCAGCCCAGGCGAAAGCAUCGCAAUCAAGGCGGAGAACCCCAACUCUUCCCCGUCCACCAUCUCUGGGCCACUUUCUCAGGGUGACACUGCUUUGGCCACGGCAACAGCAAUGACCACCACCACCACUAGCCCGAUUGCAAGCGUGGAGGCGACGAAUCGAAGUCAAAGUGUAAACAGCAACAGCAGUCACGAGAGUAACGGCAACGGCGGUCAAGGGACGGCUGCAGUGGGCCUGAAUGGCGAGGGCAAGGACAGUUCAGCCGCCGCCGCUGCCGACCAGCACUCGUCCUCAUCGUCCCCAGUCUCCUCGCAUUCGCUCAAGUCAGGCUCUGACCAGCAGACAGCGCAGUCAGCACUGAUGGCCGGCAGUGAAGAGGAGAAACAGAGUAACAACGGCGCAGGCAACAAGUCACCGCACACUCAUGUCAUCACCGAGGCGCCAUCAUCCUCUCGUGGCGAACACCAGCUCAAGCAGGAGUACCUGUCCACCUCCUCUUCGCCCAUUCUCAGCCACUCGCUGGUGAACAGCAGUCAGCAGCAGCCAAUGUCACCGGCGACGAGCAGCAGCGGCGGCAUGGUCAUCGCCGCAGCCGCCGCGGCCGCCUCUGCCUCGGCCACUGGAUCACCGGAGUCGAUGAGCAACAGCAAUGGCUCUAAUGCAAACAGCAUCAUUCAGGAGCUGCCCCACGCGCAGAUCAUCAGCAAUGAGCAGAUGAACAGCUGGCACCAGCCUCAGCAUCAGCAGCAGAACCAGCAUCUCCACCAUCAGGCGAACAGGGGCAACGGACAGAGACCCUCACUGUACGGUGGUAGUAAUGGCGGCAGUAAUCAGCACCAUCGCCUGCUCGAUCAGCAGCAGGAGCAUGAAAAUGAAUCUCCACAUCAGUCGAAUCCCAGUUCGCCUCGAUUCUAUCUUCAACCGCAUCUACAGCAACACCACAGCAAUGGCACACAUUCACAGGCUUCAUCACUGUACGGCGGCAACCAAAAUGGCGCCAUCAGCAACGCUGGUUCCUCGAACAUGGUGCUUACACUAAGCUCUUCCGGGCCUAGCAACUACUCGCCGACUCACUCGAACAGCCUCUACGCUCAUCAACAGCAGCACCCGAAUCAGCACUCUCAGCAUCAGCAACAGCAUCACCACCAGGAUGCACUGCACCAGGCAGUCUCCAGCAGUCACAUCGACACUUCAGUGGUUUCCAGUGGUGGCAACAGUUCUGGCCGCAGUUCCCUGCUCAACAAUGUUCGCGUUAUGGCGGGAAUCGGCGAUGAAGAGGGCGCUGGUGGUCACGGAGUGAGCCAGGCAGAGGCCUACGCCCACGCCAUUGCCCAGCACCAGGCGGCGCAGGCGGCCGCCUCUGCCGCCGAGCACAGUCCGCAGAAUGUGGCCGUGGCGACGAAGAAUGUGCUGCCGCAGCCUGUGGCCGCCCACACGCAAUACUCGCACCACGGACUGACGCACAACGCCCACUACGACUCCUUCUACACCUCUUCGGCGAACAGUGUCACUAGCAAUCCACUGGUGCUCACCAGCACCGGUCCCAUCAUCAAUGGCCACCCGAGCACGCCCACCGUAGUGCAGUACGCUGCUCCCAAUCAUCAUAACCUUAUUCUGAACCAGUCAGGUGGUGGCCACCACCAUCACGGUGCCCAGGGUGCCCAGAACCCGCAAAUAUGGACAACGACAGAUGCCCAGGCGGCUUAUAUGACUCAGGGAAGCAUCUCACCAACCGUACAGUUCGGCGACGGCAGCACCGCCGAGCUGGUGACCGUGCCGGGCAGUAAUCGACUGGCGCUGAACAACCUCAGCCUGGCGUACAGCACCAGUGGCCCCACCGGUAAUGGCAGCCACUCGGUGGCGGCUGCUGCCGCUGCGGCCAACCACGCCGCCGCCGCGGCCGCCACUGUCAGCGUCAACAACGGCGGAUGGCCAGGGCUUACCUUCUUCGACAACGGCUCAGGCUACCCUACGGUGAUGGGACAGGCGACGGCAGGCGGCGGUGCCCAGGGACUGGAGCUGAACAAUGUCCGUCUGGCGACUGCCGCUAACCAGCUCGGACAGUAUGAAGGUGACUACUUCGACAAUACUCCUCGGGAGUGCGUCAACUGCAGCGCAGUGGCGACGCCGCUGUGGCGUCGUGACGGCACCGGCAACUACCUGUGCAACGCCUGCGGCCUCUUCAAUCGCACCAACGGCAUGCACCGGUCACCCAGUCGACCGCACAAGAAGACGAGCAACAACAGACGGGCGGGGCUCACCUGCUCCAACUGCAAGACCGCCACGACGACGCUCUGGCGGCGCAACAACCAAGGUGAACCGGUGUGCAAUGCCUGCGGCCUCUACUACAAACUGCACAAUGUUAAUCGUCCGCUGUCGAUGAAGAAGGAAGGCAUUCAGACGCGCAAACGAAAGCCCAAGGCUAACGUCGGCCACUCGGGUGGUGGGGGUAGCCAGAACAGCUCACUCUCCGUCAGCAGCACCCCGGAUGGACUUGUUGGCCCGGCUGGCAAGGGAUCAGGAUCAA